AUGGAGUUGGACACAGGCUCCGCUGUAUCCGUGAUGUCACAGAAUGAGUUUGAGAGACAUUUUGACAAUGUUAAGCUAAAGCCAUCACCUGUUAAACUAAAAACAUACACCGGUGAGCCUAUACUUCCCAUUGGGGUAAUGCCUGUUACUGUUGAGUACAAUGAUCAGCGGAGUGAAUUGGAUCUGUACAUAGUACAGACAGAGGGGCCAGCACUUUGGGGACGUGACUGGUUGCGAAAGUUAAGGUUGGACUGGGAAUCCAUUAAAAGUCUGCAAGUCACAGUUCCUGAUGCAUGGAAUACUCAAAAGAAACUGGAAAGAGUGCUGGAUGGUGCUGUAACAGUGUUUCAACCAGGCAUGGGAACCUUAAAGCAUAUCAAGGGAAAAAUAACACUGAAGGAGGACGCAGUUCCCAAGUUUCAUAAAGCACGUCCUGUUCCUUAUGCUAUUCGCCAGAAAGUCGAAAUUGAGCUGGAUCGAUUGGAAGCUGAAGGAAUACUAUCCAAGGUUGACUGGAGUCCCUGGGCAACUCCAGUUGUUCCUGUAUCCAAGAAGGACGGAAGUGUAAGACUUUGUGGAGAUUUCAAGGUGUCUGUCAACCCUGAACUGCAUGUAGAACAAUAUCCACUACCAAGAAUAGAGGAUAUCUUUGCCACACUUUCUGGUGGUAGACACUUCAGCAAAAUCGACCUGGCGGAAGCAUAUUUACAGAUGGAAAUGGAGGAAGACUCAAAAGUGCUUCUGACUAUUAACACCCAUAAGGGAUUGUAUCGCUAUAACAGGCUGGUUUUUGGCAUUGCCUCAGCGCCCGCUUUAUGGCAGAGGGCUAUGGAUCAAGUGCUUCAAGGCUGCCCUGGUACUCAAUGUUACCUUGACGACAUCAUCGUUACAGGUGAAAAUGACAGUAGACAUUUGGAGAACUUGGCACGUGUGUUAAGGAGACUGGAAGAUUUUGGGCUACGAGCAAGACGUGACAAAUGUGAGUUCUUUAAGAGCAGCAUCACAUACUGUGGACAUCAAAUCGAUGCAAAUGGCCUACAUAAGUGUCCUGACAAGUUGAGAGCCAUAGCAGAGGCUCCACCACCCAAAGAUGUCUCACAGUUGAGGUCAUUCCUGGGAUUUGUCAAUUACUACAACAGGUUUUUGCCAAAUCUAGCCACUGUUCUCCAUCCCCUUAAUGCCCUGUUGCAAGCAGGAAAGAAAUGGAUGUGGACAAAGCAGUGUACGGAAGCUUUUCGGGAAGCAAAGCGACUGGUGAUGUCAGACACAGUAUUGACUCAUUUUGACCCCCAUAAACCAUUGAAAGUGGCAUGUGACGCCUCACCGUAUGGCAUCGGUGCAGUGUUGUCCCAUGUGAUGAGUGAUGGGACCGAACGACCUAUAGCCUUCGCUUCACGUUCUCUCAGCGCUGCGGAGAAGAACUAUGCUCAGAUUGAUAGGGAGGCGCUGAGCUUGGUCUGGGGGGUUAAACGAUUCAAUCAGUAUCUGUAUGGGAACGAGUUUACCUUGGUCACUGACCAUCAGCCUCUGGUUUCAAUAUUCAGUCCACAGAAGGGAGUUCCACUGACAGCUGCAGCACGGAUGCAGAGGUGGGCUUUGUUCCUAGGAGGACACAGAUACCGGAUUGAAUUCAAAAGAACGCAUAGACAUGCAAAUGCAGAUGGACUUUCACGCCUGCCAUUAGACCUUACUAGCACAGAGCCAGUGAAAGAAAGCAUAUCUUUGGAUGUUUUUACACUUGCGCAAUUGGAGGGCUCCCCUGUUACGGCUGAAAUGGUUCAGAGAGAAACCAGGAGGGAUCCCACAUUGUCUCAGGUAUACGCAGCUACACAAAAUGGCUGGAACGCAGAAGCAAAGAGCCGGUUCGCACAGUACUAUCAGCGCCGCGACAAACUGGCUUUGGAUGGAGGUUGCAUCAUAUGGGGUUUAAGAGUCGUCAUACCUGCUAAGUUGCGAAAUCGAGUCUUGGAGGAGCUUCAUGUCGGACACUUAGGAGUAGUCAAGAUGAAGUCACUUGCAAGAAGCUUUGUAUGGUGGCCAGGAAUAGAUCAGCAGAUCGAGCAGCUUGCCAUGCAUUGCUCAGGAUGUCAGCAUGUUCAAAAGAUGCCAAAAGCAGCCCCAUUACACCCUUGGGAAUGGCCCGCUUUGCCGUGGCAAAGGAUACAUGUUGAUUUUGUGGGACCCUUCAUGGGCAUGUAG